AUGGAACGAAAAGAAGAUGGAGAGGAAAAGAAAAAUGAAGAAGUAAGUGAUCGAAGUCCUGCUCAAAAAUAUGAUCUGUAUGUCCUCUCCGAUGAACUAAGUGAUAAACUUAAAUUGUUAAACUAUGAAGAAGAUUAUGCAAAAUUAGCUCCAAGCUACAGGACUGUUUCUAGAGAGUAUUUUGUGGCAAGUACAAAUAUUGGUGAGCAAUUUUUUAUUUUCACUACACUAUCCGCGUGGCUCAUCCAGAAAUCUAUCGAUCCGACAUUCAUAAUCCCGCAAGAGUUUGAUGACCCCAAUGGGACAAUCUCAAGUAUUCUCAGUGCAUUGCGAAGUAAGAAUGUUUCUGUUGCUUUUGCACCAAAUAAACUAAAAACUGGCGCUGGUGAGCAAUGCUUGUACGUGUUGGACAAACUCGCUGAUUUUGCACUUAUUGCCGGGCAAUUCUGUUGGACCAAGGCGAACCCAGUGCCACAAGAUGAUGAAGGAAUGGAUGAAGCAGUUGAUCGGAUUGAAAUUACAGCUGAAGAGUUCGAUGAGGCCGAACAGAUGGAUGUUGCUGAUGAUGAUGAUAACGAAAUUGUGAUGGAUCUGAAAGCCAUACCAUCUUCAAGAAUUACUGGUGGAGAAAGUCAACAGCCUUUAGAUGGUAUCCUCCAUAGCGAUACAAAUGUGAAUUUUUGGAAACUUGAAGUUGAACGAAUAGCACCACGUCUUAAAGUUACCUUCGAGCAAGAUUCAAAAGACUGGAGAAUGCAUUUGGGACGAAUACGGUUCUUACAGAAAACAGUAACGGAAUUGUUGAAUACGACAGAGCCUCACUUGAAGAGUAUUUCUAAUGAGCUCGAUAAAACAAUGGAACGAAUUAUUAGUAGGGAGAAACAUUUCAACAGUCAACUGGAACCUGUGUUGACCAAAUUUUAUCAUGCUAAAGAGAGAAUGACUGAAGUAGAAGAAAAAUACAAGGAAAUCAGUAGUGGUAUUUUGGAGCGUACUCAAAAAUUGCAACGUGUCAAUGAUGAACUGGAACAAAUCAAGCAACAAAUUGACGAGAAAAGUCUCCGAAAUAGUGAUGCAGCCCCGAUGCUGAAGUUAAAGCAUGCUCUGCAAAAGAUGGAAUCAGAAAUCCUCACAAUGAAUGUUCAGAUCAGUGUCAUGGAACAGUCUCUCUUACAAAGCCAACUUAAAAAUCGAGCCGCAUAUAACGCUCAUUUACAGGAUUUGUAUAUUUAA